UACAAACGGUACAAACACCGAAGAGCGUUACGCGCGCAAAUACAUGCCAGUUGUUUAAACACGACCAUGAGAAGUACAAACGGUACAAACACCGAAGAGCGUUACGCGCGCAAAUACAUGCCAGUUGUUUAAGUUGUGAUAUUCGUUACGGAAUCAUCAUUAGUAUCACUCGAAAUAAUUUCAAUUGCCUCAUAUUUUGUCAAGUUUCUGGAAGAGAUCGCCACUGGGGUUCGUGAUAUUCCGCUGUUGCAAGUUCUGCUUGGGAUUCUUCUAAACUUCUCAGCGCCCUUUCUGAGAGUGAUGUUUCUAUUAGAAUGCAUAUUGUUAUUGUUUUUAUACCUUUUCUCAUGCGUUACACAUACCGUUCCAACUUGUAAAGUAAGUCGUGAGAGCUGAUGGUCUAUGGUGAACUGAUUAAUGUUGCAGGGUAUACAAAUGCAUAGUGAAUAGUAUUUAGUGGCACCGCGAUGUAAAUCUGUCGAGUAGGUUCUGGUGAACUAGCUGCCAUUGAAACUGGGCAACAAUCUGUUAUACUACACAACGUGUAAUAAGACACUGAGCUUCAUAAUCUCUGCCGGCACGUCAGUGUGUGUUUGUUCACAAUAAUUAGUACGUUUGCUUGCAGACUUCGACACUUAUUCAGAGCUAGGCACUGGUACUCUUAUAAGUAAUAUUAUGCUAUAUCACUAGGAUUCUUGUAAAUGAAUUCAUUUGCCACCCACAAUUCAUCAUGUGUGAUAAAAUAAAGUUUCAAAGUUAUGAAAGAUUCUGCUUUCUCUUGCAACAGUAAUGCCGAUAAUUCUGCUACAGAGAGGCGAAGAAACAUUUCCUGCUGUGACAGAAAGGAUGAACUGUACAAAUUCGGAGGACGCUUUAGUGGGUCUGUAUGGUGAGACAUACCCAGCACCUCAUGAUGCAGAUCAGGCCAUGAAUGUGAGAGCUGAGGCAGUCUCAGAUGCAGAAGAGGAAGAGGAUCCUGCCCCAAUAACUUUUCCAGAAAUAAACGCUGAACCUGAGGGUAAUUUGAUUGAACUUCAACCUGUACAUGUUGAGGAGCGACAAUAUUCCUCUGAUGAAUGUGGUGAAUCACUCAGUCAAGAGCAAAUUCUGAUAGCACAUCGACACAUACAUAGUGGGGAUCAGUCAUUUUGCUCUGGUGUGUGUAAUAAGACAUUCAGUCAGCAGAAUCAUCUGAAGAAACAUCAGUGCAUACAUGGUGUGGAGAAGCGAUUUUGUUGUGAUAUAUGUAAUAAGUCAUUCAUUUCUAAGAGUAAUCUGAAGAAGCAAAUGUUCAUACAUAGUGGGGUAAAGCAAUUUUGUUGUAAUGUAUGUAAUAAGUCAUUUAGUGAACAGAGUCUUCUGAAGAGACAUCAGUGCACACAUAGUGGGGAAAAGCCAUUUUGUUGUGCU